CGGACAAAAUGGAGGAAACACUCGGCGUUUGUUUGUUUGAGUGCAGUAGACAUUAAUAAUCAUUAAUUAGUUUGCUAACAUAAGUUAGAGCGUGCAUGUAAGCGCAGACAUUACGCUGUGCGGAGUGCGCAUGCGUUGAAGGAUGGAUGAGGAAGGCUCCAGCGCUACAGCGAUGACCAAGACCUGGGGCUUCCGCCGGAGCACCAUUGCUAGGCGGGAGUUCAUGGAAGCCAUUGACUCUGGGGACAGCAGCCCUCCCAUCCAGCGCCGCAGGGGUCGCCCAUCCAGGGGCCGGGGCCGAGGCCGAGGCAAGCGGGCUGAUGAGAGCGGCGUGACCGCUGUAGCCUCUAAACGAGGUCGAGGGGGUCGAGGACAUGUGCUGGUGCCUGAGCUCACAGUCGCAGAUAAGCCAAGCAGUGAACAUGAAGCUCGGGCAGAUGCAGAAAGAGUGCAGUGUGUCGCUGCGGAGCUGAAAUCAGGCGAGGAUUGUGCCAGUGAAGGAGUCACAUCAGAUCGAGCCGAAGAUAGCGAUGAUCUCAAUCUCCAAGAGAUUCGUCAGCGGGCUGUGGCUCGAAGGCUGCAAGAACUCAAUCAUGAAGAUAAUGUUGAUAUGAGAAGUGUAGAAGAUAACGACCUAGGGGUGAGAUUACUGAUGAAACAGGAAGUGAACGUGUUUGAUGGCACGGAUAUCACAUCAAAAGAAGAAAAGGUGUGUUCUUCCACAGCCACAGGGGCAAGUGGGAAUUCUGUGGCUGCAGCAGGAGCUCGGAAAGCCACUGGAGGUAGAAGGGCUAAAAGAGCAAAGAAAGACUGUGAGCUUGCAGAUGAAGAGCAUCAGGAUGAAGAACAGGAGGAAUUCUCAGAAAAUAGCGAGGAAGACACUGAAAGGAUGAAUCAGGAUACUGUCUGCUGCACAUGUCAACAAGGACACAGUAACAGGUUGAUGAUCUGCUGUGACUCCUGCCAGAAGUGGCGUCACGUUGACUGUGUCGGCAUCGCAGAGGCUUGUACUCCUCUCCUGCAGAGGAACAGACAAUAUGUUUGUCCCUCAUGCUCCGACGAACGAGACGCCACGAGCAAGAACAGGACGACAAAUGGUCUCAGUGAAAAACAUGAAAUCGACUCAAUCGUGGUGGGGAUUGAGCAGCUGGUGGAGGAUGGGAUGAAGGCAGAGGAGAAGGCAGCUUUACCUAAAUGCAUUGGUCCAGGCUGCAGCAAUGACUCUCUGCCAGAGUCAGUGUACUGCAGUCAUCAGUGUAUUGUGCGGCAUGCAGCGGCGGCCAUGAAGUCUCUCUCUGAACCCAAAACUGAGACAAAGCCUGCUGCCCCACCAGGUGACCCGCCUCUCAAGAGCGAGAAACGAUCAUUUCUUGCAAAGCUUUUCAAGGUGAAGAUCAAUAAGACGCCGGCACAGGAGGAGCGUGUGAGCAAGCAAGAACUGGAUGAAGAGUCAGUGUGCUCCGCUACAGUCAUUGAGCCCGUACAAUCAGCCACACCAUCCAGUCCUGCUCCAGAGUACAAACCCACCGUUAAAGAUGAAGUUGAGUGCAAUACUAGCACACCACAGAGCCAACCUUCAGAUUUGACUCUGAACAUGUCCUCUUCUGAAAAAACUCCUGCAGCCCCGCUAAUUAAGAAGUCCACUCCAGGAAGAGCAAAGAAAACCAUGCCAGGCUCUCCACGACUGGAGCUUCUGAAAGGGGCUCUCAGUAAAAGCCCUUUACCUUUCCCUAAAAAGCCCUCUGAGUCCAGCAAACCCCCAGAAGUGGUUCCCUGCGGCCCCUGGGCAGAUGAGCCCGCUGCGGCCCCUCACGCCAGUCCUCUCCUGAUGAGACAAAACAUUCGCCGCUCGCUGAGUACAGUUCUGUUCAGAAGGUUCAGUCAGAGUGAUGAUUUGAAGAUUUCUGAGAGUGAAAUUGAAAAGAUGGCUGUGGACAUGGAGAAAGAGAUGUUCAACAUGUGUUACACAACAGAUGAGGAGUAUAAGAAUAAAUACCAGUGUCUCGUCCUCACCUUGCAAGAUCACAAAAACAAGGAAGUGUGUCAUCAGGUUUUGAAAGGAAACAUGCCUUCAGUGAAGCUCGUUCAGUUGAGUCAGCAGGAGGAAUCUGCUGCUGAUCCACUGCUGCAGAUCUCAAUGAAGAAGCCAUCGUCCCAUUUAUCUGAGGAUGUGGAAGAGCCAGCUGCUCCUCCUGAGAAAGUGAUGAGUGUAGAGACCACGCCGUCACUGAGCACAACCACUCCUUCAGAGGAGAAAUCGUCUCUGAAGCUGCCUCAGGCGAAGGAAAUAAGCUUAGGUGCUCCAGAUGUGACCAGCUGCAUGCUGAAGGACACUACAGCAGAACAUAAGCGCCAUCUCUUUGACCUUAAUUGCAGGAUAUGUACAGGCCAAGUAUCCACUGAUGAUCCUGAAACCAAGAAACCCAAGAUGACAAUGACAAAAGAUGAGACCGAAAAGGAGAAAUCUUCAGGGGUUGUUCACGUGAUCGAUGAAGCGUUGGAUCCACCAGCGCUGGACUCUGAUACAUUCGAGUCCCCUGCUUCUCCCAGCGGGGAGGACCUAAACUCACAGAUACCCUCAGCAGAUUUCUCUCCUGUGUUGAUACCUUCAGUUCCCACGGUGUCCAUCUCAAGAAGAGACCCCCGUACAGCACAAUACCGACAAGCUCCACCAUCGUCUGCUGUCUCAGAGUCUGCCUCAAUCCCACAGCAGCAUCCGCACCCUGUGAAGAACGCACCAGAAUCUCUGAAAGAGACGCUUCCACCACAUGUGUCCGUACCUUUGCCUGCUCCUAUGCCAAAAUCAAUCCUCAUGAAACCUCCGCCAGCUUCUCUGGACACUUCAUAUGGCUCAAUGACAAGGCUGGCAGAUUGUGAUAAAGGAACAAAACAGUUUUUAUCCAAACAGAGCAUUUUAUGGAAAGGCUUUCUUAACAUGCCAACUGUGGCUAAAUUUGUCACAAAGGGAUACUUGAUUUCUGGCUCUCCUGACUUGCUAAAAGAGGACUUACCAGACACUAUACAUAUAGGAGGAAGGAUAUUACCUCAAACUGUGUGGGAAUAUGUUGAUAUGAUAAAGACAUCAGAGGCAAAGGAGCUGUCAUUAAUCCGGUUCCAUCCAUCAUCUGAAGAGGAAGAGGUUGCAUAUGUCUCUCUGUUUUCAUAUUUCAACAGUCGUAGGAGAUUCGGGGUUGUUUCUAAUAUUUGUAAACACAUCAAAGAUCUUUACCUCAUUCCUCUGAGUACAAAGCAGUCCAUCCCUGCGGUGCUUCUUCCCAUAGAGGGGCCAGGGCUUGAACAGAAUCACCCUAAUCUCCUAAUAGGGCUAGCAGUCUGUCAAAAGCCGAAGCGUCCCGAGGGAUUGCCACAAGAUGUUGGUGAAAAGAAUUCUAGGUCCUUGAUGUGUUCAGAUGGGAAGGGAACCAGCAAUCCUACCUCACUAAAUGAUCCUGGACAACAUAGCAUAAAGGCUUGUGAUGCUGACAUCUUCCUCGACUCAAAUCCUGCUGGAUCCUUACCUUCAGUUGGGUUACCAGACCCGUCAUGCUCUGCCAGCUCUCUAUGUGCCCCAUCUUCUCUCCCCAGCGUGUCAAAUCCCACCCCAUCUGUCACUGUGGGCCCAUCCAAAGACUCCACCAGUACCACCCCACUUCAGACCAUCCUUAACACAUUAUUUGGGCAAAAGAAACAACUCUCAGAAGUCACAGAGUGUAAGAUAAGCUCAUUAACAGAUAAGGUUCAGAUUUGUCAACAGACUUGCAAAGAUGAUGAUGCAAUGAUAUUGGGUGAUGACAGGCCUUAUGAUCCUGAGGAGUAUGAUCCGGCAUGCUCUAAUGAGGCCAUGGGUUCUUUCAGUCCAGUUUUGGAACCUAAAGGUCCAUCUGCAGUGGCUGAUGAUGAUGAUGAUGAUGAUAGACCAUACGACCCUGAGGAAGAGUACAGUGCAGUUGGUGAUACUGUCAGAAAUAAUACACCGAAAGCAUCAGAGGCUAAACACAUGGAAGAGACCUCUACGGUUACAAGUGAUAUAGCUUAUGAUCCAGAGGACGAGACGAUGUUUGAGGAGAUGCAAAAUUACCUCACAAGUAAUGCUAUACCUCACAAAUCCACCUUCUGUGAAAAUAACAUGUCACAUUACAAGGAUAACACCUCAGUUACAACAUUCUCUGAGCAGCAAAAAAUCCUAGAAGAGCUGAAUAGGCAGAUAGAGGAACAGAAAAGACAGUUAGAAGAACAGACAGAAACUCUACGCCUACAGAAGGAAGCAAUUGGUGUUUCCAUGGCCCAUUUCUCUGUUUCUAAAGCUCUGAUGUCACCAACACACUUUGAUGAAGAGGAAAGCAUAGAAAACAUACCCUACUGUCAGAUAAUUCAUCAGAAUAGGGAUCCACGGAUCUGUCGAAACACAAGCCAGGAUAUGCCAUUGGAUGAUACUGAAUGUGAGGCUAUAGAUAAAGAAAGUGCAGAGAAAUUAUUAAACACGGAGGAAGCCACGAAUGUAGUCCUGAACAAAUCUUUUACCACAAAGAAAGAGAAAUUAGCUUCUGAUAAAGCAAUGCCCAAAGAAGGAUCACCAGACACUAAAAGUGCACAACUAAAGAACACUAAAAGCUCACACUCAGAGUACACCCACAAAAAUCAAGACAGUAGAAGGUCCACACUGAGCACAUAUAGGUCAUCGAGGAGGAGGUCAUGGCACGAACACAGGUCACACCAUCAAGACGGGGCGUCUUCAAGAGCAUCGCGUACAGUUAGAUCCUCAAAGGACGUCUCAGACAAACACCAUCGAAGUAAACACUCUGCAGGGCAUCUCUCUAGAGGAUGUUACAGUGACAAAAAAGGAGUGACAACAUCAAGGAAAAGGCAUUAUCACCAUCACAGAGACUCAUCUUCACCCCCACGGUAUCGGAUGAGGCGUCAUUAUUCCCCCGUCUCACACUCAAGCCGGAGAGACAAAUCUUCACAUGACGACAGUGACCAGUCACGCAAAACUGACCUGUCAGAGCAUAGCACUAAAUCUUCACAACAUGAAUCUGGCCAGGUGCCAGACAGUGAUAGCAUUCAAUCUGCGUACACAUCAGGACAGAGUGUUAAAGUGGAGGGGGAGGCUGCUAAUGGCAAAGACAAGCGUUUGGCAGAAGUUCAGAAAGGUGGUCCUCCAAAUACAAAACAUGAGGCUGAUCGAAACCAGGGACUUCAGACGUUCCAAAAUCCUGCGGAGGGUUCUUCACAGCCUCUGUUAAAUAAGUCAAUUGACAAAAAUCUGCCACUUUCAGUACUGUCUGAAAUGAAGAGGGAGAAUUUGCCCCCGAACCAAACUGACUCUUCUAAUCAAGGAGCACUACUGCCUACACGCUGUCUGGCCCAUGGUGCUACUGACUUGCCUUUACACAGAGAUUCACCAGCGUUACAGCCAUCUGGGAUUCAGACAGAUGUUUUUCACCAUGAUACCCAGCCACCACAUAACCAAACAGAUCGUUUUUCUGAGUCUGGCCAGAUUGAUCAAAAGAGAAACAUGCCAUCGAUGCAAAGGCCAAAUUAUUCACAUAAUGAGACAGACCAAUUACAUUCAGGAGAUUACCCUCAAAGAGCUUUCCGUUUACAAUAUAGAAAUUCAUCACAAUCUGACACAGAUCAAUUCUAUUCCAGAGAACUGCCUCAAAAUAAAAGAGGAAAGUUUCUGCAUGAUGGAGACAACAACAAUCAACCUUAUGUAUCUCACAAACAGGAAGAAUUCUCCACAGACAAAUGUGUUCACCAAAAACAUCCAAACCACAGGCUCAGAAGGUUUCCAGUGGAAGCGACCGAUCAGGUUCGUCAAAGUCAACAACCCAUGCCUGACCAGUUACAUGAAUGCAACUUUGAAGAACCUGAAACCGUUGGAUUAUGUCACAAAAAAUACACAUCUUAUAAACAAGGGCAGAAUUUUCAUGAGGAUGAAUCUGUCCAGUUUCAGCAAAGAGAGUCACUAUUAGGGCCUCCUCCAGUGCACAAGGGCAAUUUCAGACCUCCUAAUCCUAGAGAGCACUUUCACCCUUCCACCUUUGAUAAGUGGAAGCCUUUGAGAGAGCGUCCUUCUGUAAUGAAACGGAGAAGUCCUGAAUUUGCUCAGCCUAGGGAUGUUAAUUCUGGUAGUUCUACGAACUUUGGACCUAGGGGCCAAUCCUCAGGGUUUGUGAGGUACGAAGGCCCGACUAAAGAUCCUCAACCCAGUGGACCGUUUACAGAAGAGAUGUUUGAGAGUCCGGGACCUGCUCGACCCAUUGGAUCAAAGGACCCAUCUCCAAGACAGCGUUCUUUUAGGCGAGGUAGGGGUAGUCACAGGGGUUCGCGUCAGGUAAUGCAUGAUAGAACCCAUCUAAUGAAUUCAUCUAAACAAAUGAGCAUUCCUAAUGUUGAAGGGCCAACGGAGAGACAGAUUGACGCCAGAGACUCGCACACAACCCCAACCAGUAAAUCUCAUAUGCCUCAUCUUGCUAAUCCAAGUGGUUAUGCACAAGAUAUUUGUGAGCUACAUAGCCCUGACUGCCACCAAACAUUUGCAGAGGAUGCAGAAGACAGAAUACGCACAGGUUUUUCAAGACAGGCUCCAUCACACUCUCAGGACACAGCACACGGGGCAACGCAUAGCCGGUUUGAAGGACAGCAGUAUACUGAAAUCAAGGGUCAACCAAGAGAGCGAUUCCAAAGAUUCAGAGGACGAAGAAGAGGCAUUGUGGGCCCAUUUUAUGCCAGGGAUCAUAAAAAUAAUGCACAAGUAAGGGGACCUCGCUUUGAUUCACCACAACAGUUUUUGGGCCAAAGAGAACCCUCUCUUGAUUUACAUAGACGGAGAAGACCUUCACCUCAAAACUGUGAUGGUUUUGACGAUCAUAAUGAAACCCAUUCAUCUGAUUUUCCCAACCAUUCCACUACCACCCCCACUCAUUUUACAAAACCACAGCAUCAGCAUUUGGGGCUCAGACAGACUAAUAUACGCCCUUUACGUCUAUCAGGUCCACUACUCCCCACUCCUCCCGGGGGUCCGAUUAGGCAGAACCUUUCCCGGGGACACGGACAAAACUCUCACAAUGAAUGUCACAGGGACUACUUGACAUAAGACAAGGUCAUGUCACAAAGGAUGCUAAUGGAUGCUGUAUUCAUGAAGAGAAGCCAAGCAUUAGUAACUGUUUUAAACUUCUGCAAAGUGAUAACCUUAAAAAGUGUAAUUCAGGAGGAACAAAGAGUUGAGUGUGAAAGUAGACGGGAAGAACCAAGUGUUCAGGACAUUAGUCAUAGACAAGCACGCAGACGGUCAAGAGGACGAAGAGGCAGAGGUAGAUGUAGAGAUGAAAAAAUGGCAAAUAUUUGGAGACAGUCUACACAACAAAGGAAAAUGUGAUGAAGAGAAGAUUGAUUCAUUGAAAAUCUUUUUUUUUUUUUAAAUAUAGAGGAAACGCAAGAGCACUAUAUAGAAAUGAUAGGAGCAGGUCUUGCAGUGUUUGGCUGAGUAGUCAAGAUUUAAACUAUGGGGUGCUGCACAAUUGUAAUACAGAUAGACUUCAGUUUGCAGAAUGUUCAGAAUUAGUAUGGAUGGAAUAAAGGAGCAAGGCAACCCCUCUGAAGGUUUAAAUUAAUAUUUGCAAGUUCAAGCAUAAAUAGACCCUUGUUAUACGCCAGUUCACUGUGUGUGUGUGUGUGUGUGUGUGUGUGUGAGAGAGAGUGUGUGCGUGCGUG